AUGAGCGAUGUCGAUGAAUCCCACUCCCGUUCGUACCUCCAGCCAGGCGCAAACCCCUCGUCCAUCCGUCUCGACGUUCUCAAACGCCGCGUCCCCCAUCUCUUCGGCUCUCAACGACACUCGCGCCGUUCAAAACGUCUUGCUAUAUCUGCCCCUCGCUCCCCGUCCUCCCUCUCCAACGUGUUUGACCCCUUCUCCGACAUCAGCGAGGACAUGUCCCAUGACGAAUCGCACAGAUCCUCCGCGCCAGCGUCGCUCCCGGCAUCCGGCGCCCCUGCUCAUCCCGAGUCGUAUGAGGGGUCGCUGGACAUGUCCAUCGUGCCGUCGCCCGGCCUCCGCGAGCGCACAAACAUGCCCAUGCCUCCGCCUAGUCCGCGCGGGCGCGACGCGAAGGCGAAGGAAGACGUAGGCUCGCACACCUCACCGACGUCGGGGCGCACGAGUCCGGCGUCGAGCACCAGGCACCACGCGAGUCGCUCGGGCUCGCGCACGGGCGCCGCGGGGCCCUCGCGCGCACGGGAUGCGGAGCAGCCGUUGACGGAGGUCGGUCACUCGCCCGUCGUCAGGGAUGGAGUCUCGUUUCAGUCGCUGGAGCUUGACUUCCCGGGGCUCCCUCAGCAGCUGCUGGAGGUGUUUGCGAGGGAGCGCCGGAAGCUUAUGAAAGAGCGUGAGGAGCUUGCGAGGGAACGGCACAAGCGCAAGAUGUGCGAGCUGGAGGUGAAGUCGUUGCAAACGCUCCUUGAGAUGGAGAAGGAGGGGCGGGCGAUGGAAGUGAAGUGGUUGCAAGCGUCCAUCGAGAAGGAGAAGGAGGAGCGAGCGAAGGAAGUUAAUUUCCUCAAGGAGGAGCGGGCGAAGGACGUUAAUUUCCUCAAGGAGUUGCGCAAGACCGAAGUCGACCACCUCAAAGCUCUCCUCGAGGAGAAAGAUCGACGUCUCCAGGAGCAGGAUCGAUGGCUCCAGGAGAAGAAUCGGGAGAAGGAUGAUUGGCGGGAGUCUGUAGUCAGCUCGUACAAGGAGACGGUUGCGAUGUUGAAGGAGAGAUGCGAAGAGCUCAAGAGGGAAGUGCAGGCGGCGAGCACCGGGAAGCCUCUCUGA